AUGCGAAUCUGGCUUUGCAGCCGAACGCGCGAAUACCGACGAGUUGCGGCAACGGUGGUGCUGCCGGGGCAGUGGGUUGUAGAGCUGGGCUGCCACGAGGGCGUCACCACAUCUUUGCUUUCAAAACGACGUCCAGGGUUUGUUUUGGGUGUGGAUCGGAGCGCGCACGCCGUGCGAACGGCGACCGGCCGCUUUCCACAACUUCACUUUGGUGUUGCAGACGCGCUCGACAGCCAGCUGCAUGAACUUCGGGAGAACUUGCAGAAUCGUGGGGCCACGCUUGCUGAUGUGAAGGCCUGCUUCCUGGACCUUGGAGGCGAUGCUCGGCUAAGCACCGUCCUUCAUGCACUGGCGAAUUUGCAUUGCUUGCCACAUUUGGAGCUGUUGGUGGCGAAAAGUGAAGAGCUGGUGCGGCUCAAGAAGCAAAGCGAGAUGCUCGUGCAAGCAGAUGUGGGUGGCCUUUGCUGUGGAGCAGAAAAGGUAGAAUGA